GAUCUAAGGAAAUGUUUUGUUUAACAUAAAUCCCAAAGAACACGGAGAGAUCUCUUGAAAGUUUGAAAUCUCUAUCAAUGGCCACCGCCGGCAGAAAGAGAGGAAGGAAGAAGAAGAAGAAGACAAUGAUGACCAAUAAGAUAACCAAGCUCACUAAGAAAUUCAAAGCCACCCUUCAACUCCGUCACCAACACUGUACAAAACUCAUACCCCACCUCAUCUCCGCCAUCUCCUCCGCCCAUUCUUUCCUCCUCCGCCAUGACCUCCAUCUCCUCCCUCACCAAUCCCUUUCCCUCGAAUCCCUAAUCUCCUCAACCUCCUCUUCCAUUUCCAACAUCGUUUCACUUCUCUCACUCCCUCCUCCUCCUCCACGCGCUGUUCCACCUCCACGCGCCGCCCUAACUUCGCCGACUGACGAUGACCCAUUACCCAGUUGUUGGUUUCAGAGAUUUCUGAUUGCAGAUUCGGAUACCCUUUGGGCUGAAACUUUCAAUCUUACGAAACCCUCUUUCACUCUUCUGCUUCGUCUUCUAACACCUUCGCUUUCUUCACUUUCUGUUCCUCCUAAUUACGCUCUUGCUUUGACCCUUUAUCGUCUUGCUCAUUGUGCUUCGUUUUCUGCUGUUUCACGACGAUUUGGGAUUGAUUCCCCCACUGCUUGUCGCGUUUUCUACACUGUAUGUAAAGCUAUUAAUGAGAACCUUGGGCAUUUGUUUGAGCUGAAGAAUGAUAUCAAUAGGGUUAUUGUGGGAUUUGGGUGGAUUUCUUUGCCUAAUUGUUGUGGUGUUUUGGGGAUUGAAAAAUUCGAAUUGAAUGGUGAUUUUAUAGGUGAAAAUGGGUUUUUGAUUGUUCAAGCUUUGGUUGAUUCUGAAGGAAGAUUCUUGGAUGUAUCAGCUGGGUGGCCUUGUACUAUGAGGCCUGAAACUGUUUUACGAAAAUCUAAGCUUUAUUUGGGUGUUGAGGAAUCAAAAGAGUACUUAAAUGGUUCAUCUUUUGAGCUAAAUGAUGGCAAUUCAAUACCUCAGUACAUUCUUGGUGAUUCCUAUUUCCCACUUCUACCAUGGCUUCUCACACCCUACAGUGGAUCGAACGAGGAAGAUGGGGCGGAAAUGGCGUUUAAUUCAGUACAUAGAAAAGGAAUGCAGUUGAUAGGGACAGCUUUUGGGAGAGUUAGGGAAAAGUGGAAGCUUCUAGCUAAGAAAUGGAACGAGCAAUGUAUUCAGGCAUUUCCAUUUGUGAUUGUGACAUGCUGUUUGCUGCAUAAUUUUCUUAUCAAGUGUAGUGAAGCAGUGACAGAUGAAACUGAGGAGUAUCCGAGAUGUGAAGAGUUUCCUGUGUUUGAUGGAGAGGUUGAUGAAAGUGGGAAGAACAUUAGAGAUGCACUUGCCUCGCACUUGUUUAGGAUACUAGUCGGGGUACCCCACGUGGCAGUUAAUAUUCUAGCGGAUUGUGUAAUUCUCAGAUUAGUGAUGGUGAGGACUAGAGCCACAAUUACUGAGGGUGAGGCUGCACCUGCUGCUCAAGCCCCAGUACGCGGGCGAGGUAGAGGACGUGGUGGAGUCAGGGGACGAGGCCGAGCAAGUGGAGCGGCACCUGCUCGUGGACGAGCUAGAGAGCUAUCACCUGAGCCCAUGUAUGAGCAUGAGGAUGACUUAGAGCAGAAGACUGAGGAGGAGAGGCCAUCCCAGCCUCCUGUGGUUCCCGAUAGUACUCCGAUGCUUCAAGAGCUAUUGGUUCGAUUAUUGGCUAGACUGGAUGGUGCUCCUACCUCUGGUAUUAUUUCAGAUACUAGUCGGGGUACCCCACGUGGCAGUUAAUAUUCUAGCGGAUUG